GUAACCGCGAUUCUUUAUGCAAUUAACCCUGUUUCGCAGCCGUGGAUUCAAGUUGAAUUUGAGGGUGGCACGGUACAAAGACCAAGUGCGUGAAGCACCCCCCGUUUAGCCAGGCUUAAGCACUUUCGGGACGUCUUGUUCCAUUUAUAAACGGCACAACGCAAGUGUACACGUGCGAGAAGAUGAAGUGGACGAUGAACGUAGACCCUCGGUUAAUGGUCAGAGGGUCUCAGUCGUUUCGCGAACCUCGUGGCGAACAAUAUCACCAAUUUCGUUACGAAAAAACGAAGGAAAAGAGCAGUGUACAGAGAGUGUACAGUGACGAUAAAGUAACAUUUUAUCGUAACGAUCAGAGAGGAGUAAAAAUGAACGUUUUUACGUGAAAACGAAUAUCAGUGGAUAUCGAACUGUUCUCCGUUUUCUUUGUUCCGUACACGAUAUUUCGGUAUCUCUGAAAAAAGUGAACACAGAGUGGAAAUGUGAACUUGCGGCUCCACGCUGGCACGAAAUCACGCUCGACGUUUUAACGAACGUCGUAAUUAGCGUGCGUGUUACUUUUACACAAGACUUUUUAAAAUCGUUUCAAAAUGGAACUACUUGUUCCGACAGUCUCGGACGUAAUCUUCAAAUAUACAUGGCCCAUUCCGAAUUACAAGAAAUCUGUAUCAAAGAGAAGCUUGAUCGAUAGUCCGUCGUUCGACAUGAACGUGAAUGGUAUUCACAGCGUGUGGAAUCUAUCCAUCAGAUUUUGGAAGAAUCCUGACGGUAAAAGAAUUAUAAAUCCCGUGGUGUUGUGCCUGAACAUGUUGCAUUGCACAGUAGACGAAGCGGAACAAGCGAAGAUACGAUUUCAAUUUGCAGUUUUCAAUGCUGACGUUAAACACUGGGAGUAUUGUCACGUCAGCAGGACAAUACUCGAACUUAAAUCAUGCACGGAUAUUAUUUCCUUGGGGUACAGAGACUUGUCGAUCGUCGACAGGCAUUUAAAGAAGAACGGCGAGGUUCUGUUAAUGGUCAAGAUACAAAUAAUCCAGUGUGACAGCGAGAAGCACAACUUAUCGCAGGACAUGGCCAGGUUACUGAAGCAUCCAUGCGGAGCAGAUACUAAAUUAAUGUGCGGGGGUUUAACUAAUACAGAAAUUCCAGUCCAUAGCAGUAUAUUAGCCGCGCGUAGUAAUGUUCUGGCCGAAAUGAUUUCACCUUUGACCGAAUCGACGUCGAAGAAUGACUCAAAAACGGAUACCGCGGAAGAUCAAAUAUCGGAUACGCGAGACCCACAGGAAGAAAAGGAACGCUACAUGUUUUCUUUAGACUUGUUAGACCUUUCCAAAGAAGUGACCGAAGAAUUAUUGCGAUAUAUAUACAGUGACCAUAUCGAUAAUUUGGAUAAUUUAGCUCCGCAACUUUUAUCUCUGGCGGAACGUUUCUGCUUACAUGGAUUGAAGGAACUUUGCGAGAGGAAUCUUAUCGAAACAAUAACUCCAGAGAAUAUAGCAAGCAGGCUCUUAGUUGCAGAUGAAUUUAGCUGCUUGUCCCUCAAAAGAGCAAGUUUAGCAUACUGCGAAGAGAAUAUAACUGUACUAAAUAAGAGCUUGGCUUGGAAAAUGAUGGAACACGUGAAUCCACAAUUGUUCAAUGAAGUUUGCGAAGCUAAUAUUGGUAGUUCAAGAUCAAGUAAUAUGGAUGACAGUGAAUUAAGCAAUUAAUGUUUUUUCCCCAGAUGAACUAUAAUUAAUAAUUUUAUAUUUUUCAACGAAAAAACCUGUAUGUAAUAACUUUACCAAGAGUUUCGUUAUAAAUGUUAUAUUUUAUUUCAAUAGAUAAAUUUAAUAAAAAAAAAUGCUAUGUUUUCGU